GUUAAGGUCCAUUCUAGGAAAACUCUCUAAUUUAUCUAUUAAAGUCAAUUAGCUACUUCGAACGUAGGUGAUACGAUUGUUCAGCGGUUUAUACGAUGGCCGAAAAAAUGCUGGUACCACCAUUUUUCUUUUAGUACACCCAACUGAAUCAAAAUUUUCUACUUCCAGCAAAAUUUUAUGCACCAAUUGAAGUUAAAUAAGUACUUCAUUAUAAAAAAAAGUCGUUUCGUUUUAAAUAAUUAAAGCAUUUAACUCAGUUUCGAAGUGUGCGAUUGUAGUUGUUGUAAGAAGUGGAAUAGUUCUCCCAUGUUUUAAAAAUGUUGAUGGUAUAUUAAUUAUUUCUGAUUUAAUAAUCGCUGUUUACGUUUCAUUGAGGUCUAUUUAAGAAGCAAUUAUGGUGGUGCUAAUGGGUUUUCGGGGAAUUCGGAGUACUUUUUCACAUACAAAAUUGAAUUUAAGUUCACAUCUUGUUUAUAAUUUUGCUAAUGCAACAGCUAAUCAAAUUAACUCUAAUAUUAUAAGUUUUAGCUUAAGCAAGGUAAAUUUUAUUUUAUAUAACAAUGAUCCAAAUUUACAAACGUUUAAUAUAGAAAAGUUUAUUUAUGCAAAAUUAAAUAUAGAUAAACCAGGAAAUAAAGAUAAUAUUUGCAAUGAAAAUAAGGCUAAUCCAAACCAUAUGCAAUGGUCAAACUAAUAUUUUUAAUAAAAACAUCAUUAAACUUUAUUUUUUAAAGUCCCACUGAAGAUGUGACGUAAUUAGUUUAUUAAUUGGAAUUAUAUUUGUUGCCUGAUUCGUCUCAAAAACAUUUUUUACAUUUGAUACAUGGUUAAAUAGAGCCAAAGCACGGAUUAGCUGUUCAAUUAAUAAAAUAACGACAGACAAAAUCAAAUUAAAUGUUUUAUCACACAUAGUUUAAUAUAAAAGUAUGUAUUGGAGCUCCAAAGUUUUAUUAAUGUUCAACAUGUCUUUUUGUAAGAUUUUAGCUUUUAUAAUACUUGCUUCGCAACAAGUAAAUUCCCAACAUGCCGAUAGAGAUAAAUUAAAGCAACUAAUGAAGCUGAACGAAAAACAGUUCAACCAAAACGGAAUCGAAGCGUUUCUUCUUGAUGAUUCAAUAAAUAUGGAUGUCGAUUACGAUUACGAGAAUGAAUAUGACCAAAGAGUGGAGCCUUUUCCGUUUUUUAAUUCAAAACGAGGAAGCUCUAAUUCGGAGGCUUGUGUAGAAGAACUGGUGCCUUUUACCAGUAAUUUUACAUAUUCCCAGAUAGCCUGUGUUCCCAGACGCAGUGGCAGAAUUAUGCACAGAAAAAAGUGCAAACCCUUCAUAGCUAAAAUGGUGUUGUUAAAUAAAGUAAAUUGUCACAAAGAAGUCAUAAAAAUGAUGGCUGGAUGUGAUCGUUCCAAUGAAUUCCGUUAGAUUAACAUGUAUUUUGUUGAGUUUCUUCAUUUACUA